AUGGAGCUAUCAACGCCGCGAACGAUGGCGGCCGGGCCGUGGCUGCAGCUAAUUCUCUGCCUCGCCGUCUUUGCCGCCGCCGGCGUGCGCCAAGCUUGCGCGCAGCCUGACAGUAAAGGAUUCAUAAGCAUAGACUGCGGCCUACAGGGGGAGGAGGGCUACGUGGACAACGCCACCAAACUCGUCUUAGCCACGGACGCCGCCUUCACCGACGCCGGCACCAACCACAACAUCUCGGCCGAGUACAUCACCCCGUCGACGGCCAGAAACUGGUACACCGUACGCAGCUUCGCAGCCACCGCCGGCGCAGGGGCGCGCAGCUGCUACACGCUCCGGUCCCUCGUGCCGGGGCUCAAGUAUCUCAUCCGGGCAAGGUUCAAGUACGGCAACUACGACGGGCUGGACCGGCCGCCGGUGUUCGACCUCUACGUAGGCGUCAACUUGUGGAUGACGGUGAACAUCACGGGGCCGGACACGACGAUGAUCACGGAGGCCAUCGUGGUGGUGCCCGACGACUUCGUGCAGGUCUGCCUGGUGAACACCGGCGCCGGGACGCCCUUCAUCUCGGGGAUUGACCUGAGGCCGCUGAAGAAGACGCUCUACCCGCAGGCCACUGCGACGGAGGGCCUGGUGCUGUUGGGCAGGCUCAACUUCGGCCCCGUCGAGCCGACCGACAUCAUCAGGUACCCUGCGGAUCCACACGACAGGGUAUGGUAUCCUUGGAUCGACGCGACGAACUGGGUCGAGAUGUCGUCCAAGAGGAAGGUGCAGAACGUAGACGACGAUCACUUCGAGGCGCCGUCAGCGGUGAUGCAGACGGCCAUCAGGCCGCGGAAUGCCUCCCAGAGCAUAGAGUUCUUCUGGGACGCCGAGCCCCAGCCCAACGACCCUUCCCCGGGGUACAUCGCCAUCAUGCACUUCUCCGAGCUGCAGCUCCUCCCCAGCAAUGCCGUGCGGGAGUUCUACGUCAACCUCAACGGCAAGCCGUGGUACCCGAGCGGCUUCACGCCGGACUACCUGUAUUCCGGCGCCACCUACAAUAGCCUCCCCUCCAGGCACAGCCGCUACAACAUCUCCAUCAACGCCACUGCCAACUCAACGCUGCCACCAAUCAUCAAUGCCGUCGAGGUGUUCUCCGUCAUCCCAACCACAAACAUUGCCACGGACUCCCAAGAUGUUUCUGCCAUCAUGGCUAUCAAGACAAAAUAUGAGGUGAAGAAGAACUGGAUGGGUGACCCCUGCGUUCCCAAGAGCAUGGCUUGGGAUAGGUUGACCUGCAGCUACGCCAUUGCCAGCUCUCCAAGGAUCGUAACCGUAAACCUGUCCUCCACUGGUCUUAAUGGUGAUAUAUCAUCUUCUUUCGCAACUCUCAAGGCUGUCCAAUACUUGGAUCUAUCAAACAAUAACUUGACAGGCUCAAUUCCAGAUGCCCUUUCACAGUUGACUUCACUUACUGUGUUAGAGUUGUCAGGCAAUAAGCUCAAUGGAUCAAUCCCCCCGGGACUUCUCAAAAGAAUUCAAGAUGGCUCCCUGAGCCUGAGAUAUGGAAACAAUCCAAACCUUUGCUCCAACGGUGCUUCAUGCCAGCCUGCUAAAACUACAAGGAACAGCAAGCUGUCCAUUUACAUUGCUGUCCCUAUAGCUGUGAUUCUAGUGAUAGUAUUGGUGGUACUAGUACUACUCUUUUGUUUCCUAAGAAGAAAAAGGCCAGGAUCAAUGAGCAACUCAGUGAAGCCACAGAAUGAGAUGACGACGAGCUACGCACUGCCAAGUGGUGUUUGUGAGGAUGGUUCGCUGAAACUUGAGAGCCGACGGUUCACAUAUAAGGAGCUCGAGAUGAUAACAAACAACUUCCAGCGAGUGCUUGGACGUGGAGGGUUCGGGUACGUCUACGACGGCUUCCUGGAGGAUGGCACCCAAGUGGCAGUGAAGUUGCGGUCUCAUUCUUCCAGUCAAGGUGUUAAGGAGUUUCUCGCAGAGGCUCAGAUUUUGACCCGGAUUCAUCACAAGAAUCUUGUCUCCAUGAUUGGUUACUGCAAGGAUGGGGAGUACAUGGCACUCGUCUAUGAGUAUAUGUCAGAAGGAACCCUGCAAGAGCACAUUGAAGGAAGCAACCGCAAUGGAGCUUGUCUGCCGUGGACACAGAGACUCCGCAUCGCACUUGAAUCUGCGCAAGGCCUAGAAUACCUACAUAGGGGAUGCAAUCCUCCCCUCAUCCACAGGGACGUGAAGGCUAGCAACAUCUUGUUGAACACAAGGAUGGAGGCCAGGAUUGCCGACUUUGGCUUGUCCAAGGCCUUCAGUGGCAACAAUGACACACAUGUGUCCACAAACACGCUCGUCGGCACACCAGGAUAUGUUGAUCCAGAGUACCAUGCGACCAUGCAGCCAACCUCCAAGAGCGAUGUGUAUAGCUUCGGGGUAGUGCUGCUGGAGCUAGUCACGGGAAAGCCUGCUAUCCUGCGGGAGCCGGUGCCCAUCAGCAUCAUCCAGUGGGCGCGGCAAGGAUUGGCACGAGGUAACAUAGAGGGUGUGGUCGAUGGACGCAUGCACGGUGGCUACGAUGUCAACGCGGUGUGGAAGGUUGCGGACGUUGCACUCAAAUGCACCGCACAAGCCUCGGUGCAGCGGCCCACCAUGACUGACGUGGUGGCGCAACUACAGGAAUGUGUCGAGCUACAGAAUGGCCGCACCGAAUGCAACGCAAACAAUGGUUUCUACACUGGUACCAGCGGUAUAGAUCCCAACUUGAGUUAUGACUCUUACACAACUGAUCAGUCCACUAGUGUGAGCCAGAACAACACAUCGUUUGAGAUGGAGCAUAAUUUCAUGAGGGUGCCAACAAUGUCCAAAGGUCCUGCUGCACGCUGAAGACUUCUAUGCUUUAAUUUAUUGUCAGUCAUGUUAUUCUAUUGUUUUUUCUUCGUGAAGUGUACGUGUGUAUUUUCUGAACAUGCAUGUUUAUUUUUACAAAACUGAAUACAGAUGUAAAAGUUUGUGAACAUCUGAAGUUUACUAUUAAAGUUCUUUA